GUGUUGUAAACAAUAAUAAAAGUAACAUAACAACAAUGUCUUGGGACUCUUUCCCAGCAUCGAAAGAAAUUUCAUUUACACAGGUCAAAGUAAGCAGUAUUAUAAAUAUAGGAAAAUAAUUAAACCAAUUGUCUAAUCAUCAAGACAAAACGUAAAAGAUUUUCUUUGCUGGAUGUAUCACACAGCCGGUGACCACUCGAAAACGCAUGUGGCAUGGAACCAGUCAUCACGAUUCCGGUUGGUAAAAUAUUUCGCGAAGCAAAACAUAGAGAAUAUGGUCCUCACUGGCGUCCAACGUGGGGAAUUCGUCGAAAGAAUUGGCACUAGAGGAUGACUGCCUCUUGUGCUGUCGUGUACCUGUUACCUUUUUUCCGUUUCGGCCUGAGAUACGUCGCUUUCUGUUGUUCUUUUGCAGCCUUUUCAGUAGAACAUGGUGGCUUAGACUAAGCUAUGUCUUAUUGUCGUGGAAGAAGUCUCAUCAUACAGUCGCAAGUUCAUCCAUAAGCUAUAAUUAGGGAGGAGUUCGGAACGACUGUUCCGUCAUCUUUGACGCUCAAUAUUGAAUAUAAUUCAACUUUAGGAAAAGGAAGGAAAAGACAAACAAGCGACAUUUCUGGAUAUAAUGAAAAAUUCUCAUUUACGAAAAUCCAGUUUAAUUUUGUGCCUAACUGGAAUAACAAGUAUUCUAUCGUAUUUUGGAUUAUCAUUUUCAGCGGAUGAUAUCGGCGUAGACAUAUUAUACUUCUUCUUUAUUGCUGCUAUAGUAGAAAUACCAGCUUCUAUCGUCUACUUUUACCUUCAAAAAAUCAUCGGUAGGCGAUAUACAUUGAUUCUUUCUAUGGCAGGAAGUGGUUUGGUAUAUCUUUUAGCAAUUGCAGUCCAAUCAGGUUAUCCAAUCAUUCUAAUUGUUUUAACUGUAACAUCAAGAUUCUGUACAUCGAUUUCAUUAAGUUCUUUGUAUCUAUUUGUAAUGGAGAUUUAUCCUACUGUUGUACGCAGUGUUGGAAUGGGAUUGGUUUCAAUGACGGGAAGAAUAGGUGCACUGGCAGCUCCAUUUAUGAAAGAAUCAGCAAACAAUGUUCAUAUUUCAUUUCCCUUUGCUUUGUUUGGCACACUUUCUAUUAUUAAUAGUAUUUUGACCUUAUUUUUACCGGAAACUAAAGAUUUACAGUUGGUUGAUACCUUAUCACAACUAGAAAAUAGAAAAAGAAAUAUUCUUCUUGUGCACGGAAAUAAAGACGAAAAUGAAGAAAAAGAAGAAAAUUAAACAGAAAAUUAUUUAAAUUGAAGAUAAAAUAGAGAUUAAUACGGUUAGAUAAUAUAAAUACGUCUAUACUUUCAAUAUAUAUUUAUGAUUGAACAAUUCAAUUUAUGUAAGAUUGAAUUGAUUAUAUGU